GCCCCGCCAUGCCGCCGCGGCCGUCCCUCCAGUCGCUGCUCCUCAUGGCCGCCUCCACCUCCGCGGGCGCCGGGGGCUCGGGCCUCCUCCUCGCCGCGCGCCGCCGCUUCCCCGCCGCCUUCGCCGCCGCGGGGGGCCACCGCGUCGGCCUGCUCCACUCCUUCCCCUCCCGGACCCGCCUCCCCCGGCGGCCCGAGCUCGCCUGCUGCUUCGGGACCGCCCCCGCCGAGGCCGUGCCCGCCGCCGCCCCCGCGACCCCGCGCUCCAGGAAUGUUCGUUCCAUGGAGGAGAGAAGGGCUUGUGAAGAACGACUAGGGCAGGUAGUUGAGAAGAUGAAAAAGGAAGGAAUAGAUAUGAGCCAAUGGAGGCUUGGCACUUUUCAACGGACGAUUUGCCCACAGUGCGAAGGGGGCUCAACUGAGGAACGAAGCCUCAGCGUAUUCAUCCGGGAAGAUGGUACACAUGGAAACUGGACUUGUUUUAGAGCGAAUUGUGGAUGGAAAGGCUAUACCCAGCCUGAUGGAGUUCCGAAGGCGUACCAAGCAAAGAAGGACUCGGGAAAUGAAAAUGAAAGUGACCAGGAAGUCAAAGCAAAUCAGCCAGUCAAGGUUAUCAGAAAACUUCGUGAAGAGGACCUGCGUCUCGAGCCUCUUUGUGAUGAGCUCGUGACAUACUUUUCAGAAAGAAUGAUAUCGGCAAAAACACUUAGAAGGAACAAUGUAUCGCAACGUAAAAGGAAUAACAAGAUCGUUAUUGCUUUCACCUAUAGACGUGAUAAAGUCCUUGUUGGCUGCAAAUACAGGGAAGUAUCUAAGAAAUUUUCACAGGAGGCGAACACAGAGAAAAUUUUGUACGGUCUGGAUGAUAUAAAGCAAGCACGCGAUAUUAUCAUUGUUGAGGGUGAAAUUGAUAAACUUUCCAUGGAGGAGGCUGGCUAUUGUAAUUGUGUGAGUGUGCCAGAUGGUGCACCAGCGCAAGUAUCAAACAAACUCCCGGACAAAGAUCAUGAUAAAAAGUAUUCAUAUCUGUGGAACUGCAAAGAGUAUCUUGACCCGGCAUCUAGGAUAAUACUGGCAACGGAUGCUGAUCCUCCAGGGCAGGCUCUUGCUGAGGAACUUGCUCGACGUCUUGGUAAAGAAAGGUGUUGGAGGGUCAAAUGGCCAAAGAAGAACGAGACAGAAUUUUGCAAAGAUGCUAACGAGGUACUUAUGUUCUUAGGACCACGAGCAUUGAAAGAGGUUAUAGAAGGUGCAGAACUGUAUCCUAUAAGAGGUCUAUUCAACUUCAAAGAUUUCUUCCCUGAGAUCGAUAGUUAUUAUCUAGGAAUUCAUGGGGAUGAGCUUGGAAUUCCUACUGGUUGGAAAUGUAUGGAUGGGCUCUACAAGGUUGUUCCUGGGGAAUUGACCAUAGUAACAGGAGUACCAAAUUCCGGCAAAAGUGAGUGGAUCGAUGCAUUACUGUGUAAUAUAAACAAUCAGUGUGGAUGGAAAUUUGUACUAUGCUCGAUGGAAAACAAGGUCAGAGACCAUGCCCGGAAACUAUUGGAGAAGCACAUUAAGAAACCUUUCUUUGAUGCUAGAUAUGGGGGCUCUGUGGAACGGAUGAGUAAAGAUGAAUUUGAAGAAGGCAAAGAAUGGUUGAAUGAGUCAUUCCAUCUGAUUAGGUGUGAAGAUGAUUGCCUUCCAUCCAUCGAUUGGGUUCUUAAUCUUGCUAAAGCCGCAGUUCUAAGACAUGGAGUACGUGGUCUUGUGAUUGAUCCUUAUAACGAGCUUGACCAUCAGCGCCCCCCAAAUCAAACCGAGACAGAAUAUGUCAGCCAGAUCCUUACGAAGAUUAAGCGUUUUGCACAACAUCAUUCAUGUCAUGUAUGGUUUGUUGCGCACCCUAGGCAGCUUCACAACUGGACUGGCGCACCGCCUAAUAUGUACGACAUCAGUGGAAGUGCGCAUUUCAUAAACAAAUGUGAUAAUGGUAUCGUCAUACACCGAAACAGGGAUCCAGAUGCUGGCCCUGUGGAUGUCGUGCAGGUCUGUAUGAAGAAGGUUCGGAACAAAGUGAUUGGGCAAAUAGGGGAUGCUUUCUUGACAUACGACCGGAUUACUGGUGAAUACAAGGAAGCCGAUGAGGCCAUUGUAGCAAAGGUGGUGAAGCAGCAGAUUCGUCAGAAAUCGACAAGUUACCAACGCUGAUUUACUUUGCUCGCUCUCCCGGACAGUUGCCACGGUUGAGAUAUUAUGGCCCUCGCUUCUGUGGAUGUCACAGUUGACAGUUUGCCGUGUGAUCGUGGCAGAUUGGCUAACUUGAUCGUUCAUGCAUCUGAGCUGAUUCCUGGUGCGAAAAAUGUGGUCGAAGGCUACUAACCUUACUAAGACGGCCACAUGGCAUUGCUGGGGUGUGGUGGUGUAUAGCAAGCUAGAUCAUAUUAUUGUAAUUAAUCGUCGCACCAGGCGGAGGUCGUGUCAGCAGGGAAAGCUCAUCUCAACCGCUAGUAGGUUAUUUUUUGUAUGCCCUUCCGACGGUUGUAGCAGUUGGAAGUCCAUGACACUCACACGUACCGUUGGCAUCAGUUUGCAUGCAUCAGCAGAAGCCCAUGAUUUGCUCA